UCUCACAGGUGCUGUGGCGAAAACUCCUUCGCGUUUUGUAAACCGUGACAGGUUCGUUGAGAAGAACGACCCCUCUUUCAAAUGUGAUCAAAUUUAGCACAUAAAUUAGGAUCAAUGGUAACUUUGAUUUUCUGCCUAAUGUUUGACAAUUUUAGCAUAUUACGUACGUUUCAUUAACACCCGCGAUUUAUUAAUCAUAACAUGUAAACUAGUCUUCUACAGAAUUUGUAGAAUAGCCAAUACUGUUUCUGGUGUCAAAAAUCAGAUUUGGAGAGUUUGGGGAGUUUCUUGGGUGCAGGUGCCGCGCUCGUUAUCUAUUCGCUUCCGUUGCUGUUUCAAGUUGUGCGCGCAUUCUCCAAGCUUCCUCUCAGUCCUGGGCGGAGUGGAGUCAUUUGAAGAUGAUGUCUUACGCGACUUCGACAUACUCAAGUUUCAGAUCUCUACCAAAUGCGAUCGUUAUUUCACAGAGGAUUACAAUUUGAUCUAGAACCUCGACUUCAAACAUCCCUCUUCAACGACGACAAAGGGACGGAAGACUUUUCAGUUUGUAGGGCAUCACCCCAGCGGGCACCGUGGCGGGCACUAUUCCGUCGAAGGGCGAGGAGGACUUCCUGACGCUCGCCGCCUCCCGGCUCAGCCGUCGCAAGCGUGUCAUAGGUGCAGGCGUGGGCGUGGCCAUGGUCCUGGUGCUGCUGGUCGCCAUUCCCCUAUUGGUCCACAGCACCAAAGCGGGAGGGGCUGGUGGCCAAGGCAGCCAUUACGAGAUGCUGGGCAGCUGCCGGAUGGUUUGUGACCCGUACACCCCGUCCCAGAACGAGCUGACCGCCGUCUCUCCGCCACCGCCCGACUUCAUGAGCCGCCGGGGGAAGUCGGGAUUGCGCGGGCCUCCCGGGAUCCCCGGCCCGCAAGGACCCCCGGGCCCCCCUGGAGAGCCGGGUAAGCCUGGCCCGCAGGGACCCCAGGGCCCCGGGCCGGGCGGCUACGUGCCCUCCUUCUACAGCCCCAAGAUCGCCUUCUAUGCAGGCCUGCGCAAGCAGCACGAGGGCAUGGAUGUGCUCAAGUUUGACGACGUGGUCACCAAUGUGGGCAACUACUACGAGCCCAGCACCGGCAAGUUCACGUGCCCGCUGCCUGGCAUCUACUACUUCACGUACCACGUGCUCAUGAGGGGAGGAGACGGCACCAGCAUGUGGGCCGACCUGAAGAAGAACGGGCAGGUGAGGGCCAGUGCCAUUGCCCAGGACGCCGACCAAAACUACGACUACGCCUCCAACAGCGUCAUCCUGCACCUGGACGUGGGGGACGAGGUGUACGUGCAGUUGGACGGGGGCAAGGUGCAUGGGGGCAACACCAACAAGUACAGCACCUUCUCCGGCUUCCUUAUCUACCCCGACUGAUCAUGACGGCCAACAGCUCCUCCGACCCACCAACCAACCCCACCCCCCCCACCCAAUCAAAAUCUCUACACCCUCAUUACACUACCCCUCCCUAAGACGCCACUGUGGGCACACUGCGUGAAGGCAUAGAAAUAAAGUUACACACACACACACACACACACACACACACACACACACACACAGACAUACAUGCACAGAGUCUCGUUAAAGUGUACUUGCAUACACGCGACACAGGCACACAUUCACACAUGUGGACACUGACUGACACAUUCUGACACUCGCAGCAACACACAAAGCACAUUUACAUCCGAGACAGUCGACAUGAAGGACACGACACGUGUGUGACUGAGAGGCUGAAGGGCUUCAUGGACAUCCUGUCAGCUGUGUGUUUUUGCACAAAAUCCCACCUUCAACCAACCGCCCAAUCCACAGCUGUAUAUGAGUGUGUGAGUGUGUGUAAAUAUGACAAGUGUGCAACAACAACCUUGCUCUCCACCAUAUCCUCCUAAAGCAUUUGCCAAAAUUUAUACUUUGAAGAAAAAAAAAAGAAAUACAAAAUAAAUGUACAAAAAUAUCUAUAAAGGACAGAGAGACGCAUAUCUUGUAGUCUAAUUACCUCACUAGGUGUACAUGUUCUGAUGUGAUCUGCACGCCCCCACUCUUUUUCUCAUGUGUCGCCAUCUAAAGAACGGUGUGUGCCCCUGGCCAGGAGCCCAGUCCGUGUGUCCAGCGCAGAGCCACACUCCGCACCGGCGGGCAGAGCGCUCUGAGUGCCACCAAAUCCUUCGGGGCGGCUGGAGACAAAAUAGUUAUUAGAAAAAAUAUCUAUUGCGGCUAGUGGUUUACUUGCCUCCACUGCGUUUACACAUGACUGGCUUCUGGUUU